GGAGCAUUUAAAGACAGUGGGGAGGCAGACUUCUGAGUGAGAUCUUGAACAGGGAGGGAGAGCGAUUCAUCCACAGUUCACCUGAAUCUGACAAAAACCACCUUACUUCCAAAGAUGGCUAACUCCUUCACUCGCAUGAUAUCUGGCCGCAACACAGCUGUGCUGUUGGCUAGCCUGGGCGCAAGUUCUGUGGCAGCAGGCUACUUGAUGAGUGAGUCUGGCUCUCUGAUUGCUGAGGAGAGAAAGAAGCUGUAUCCUCCCAGCUCGGACUUCCCUGACUUGAGGAAGCACAACAACUGUAUGGCAGCUGCCUUGACCCCAGCUAUCUAUGGCCAGCUGAGGGACAAGUUGACCCCUAACAACUGGACCCUGGACCAGUGCAUUCAGACUGGUGUGGACAACCCCGGGCAUCCAUUCAUCAAGACUGUGGGCAUGGUGGCAGGGGACGAGGAGAGCUAUGAGGUGUUCGCUGAAUUGUUUGAUCCAGUCAUCAAGGAUAGACACAAUGGCUACGAUUCCAAAACCAUGAAGCACCCCACUGACCUGGACUCAUCCAAGAUCACGUCUGGAAUGUUCGAUGAGAACUACGUGCUGUCAUCCCGCGUCCGUACCGGCCGCAGCAUCCGCGGCCUGAGCCUGCCCCCUGCCUGCUCUCGAGCCGAGCGCCGCGAGGUUGAGCGCGUGUGUGUGCAGGCCCUAGCCGGCCUGAAGGGAGACCUAGCCGGACGCUACUACAGCCUGGGAGAUAUGUCCGACAAGGAUCAGCAGCAGCUCAUCGACGAGCACUUCCUGUUUGACAAACCCGUCUCACCUCUGCUCACAUCGGCCUUCAUGGCCCGUGACUGGCCCGAUGCCAGGGGGAUCUGGCACAACAAUGAGAAGACCUUUCUGAUUUGGAUCAAUGAGGAGGACCAUACCAGGGUCAUUUCCAUGGAGAAGGGAGGUAACAUGAAGAGAGUGUUCGAGAGGUUCUGCAGAGGACUCAAACAGGUGGAGAAGCUGAUUCAGGAGAGAGGCUGGGAGUUCAUGUGGAACGAGCGUCUAGGUUACGUCCUCACCUGCCCCUCCAAUCUGGGCACUGGGCUCAGGGCUGGUGUCCAUGUCAGACUGCCCAAACUCAGCAAGGAUCUCCGCUUCUCUAAGAUCCUGGACAACCUGCGGCUGCAGAAGAGAGGUACAGGAGGAGUGGACACCGCUGCCACCGGAGACACCUUUGAUAUUUCCAACAACGACCGUCUGGGCAAAUCAGAGGUGGAGCUGGUCCAGCUGCUGAUUGACGGAGUCAACUACCUGAUUGACUGUGAGAAGAGGUUGGAGAAGGGUCAGGACAUCAAGGUCCCUCCCCCUAUUGCCCAGUUCAGAAAGUAACAUCCCAACUCUGAAACAGGAAGUGACCCACUCCACUGUUAGACCAAUGGCAGGAAGUGAGGAACUAGGUGGGAGAGGCUAGCCCUAAUCCCUCCACUCAUCCCCAAACAGCAUUUCCGGAAAUAGUAGAAGUACUAGACUAUCAUCUGAGCUAGAUGUCGUGCUCUUGAUGUUUCUUAGUGCUACUAAAGAAUAUUGUAGAUAGGAUAGUCUGAUUCCUUAUAUUUGGUUAGGGGUACCUACCUCAAGCAAGGUCUAAUCUGUAUUACUAACCUCAAUAAAAAUCUAUGCUUGAACAU